AUGUUACCUUCCAGAAUCAAACAUAUCAGUAUCAUUGGUAAAUUCUCAUUUGAAGCUCAGAUAUCAUCAGAUUAUAGAAAUACAUUCUCAACACUUCAACAUUUAGAAACAUUGGAUCUAUCUUUGAUUUCAUUGGUAGAUAAUCAUAUAUUUGGACCACUUCCAAAAAGUUUAAUCAAUAUCUCACUUCCUUCAGUUCCCAAAUUCCAAUUCGAUGAACUUAUAAAAAGUUGUAAUCAAUUACCAAAUUUAAAGUUUGUCGAUUAUGGUUCAUUCAAUAAUGGUAACCAACGAUUAAACAACACAUCGAUCAAAUCAAUCAAAUUGAAUUGGUUAACCAAUUUAACAGAUCAGUCAAUACCUACAUCAGUGGAAAUCAUAGAUUUCAAAGAUUAUCAAUUAAAAGUAGAACAAAAUAUUUGGCCACCUUCAAUUCAAUCGAUAUCAAUCAACACUGCAUUCAUAGAUGCCAAUGAUAACUUGAUGAACAUUCCAUCAAGCAUCAAAAACAUUACAAUCACCAAUGAACAAUUUACAUUUAACAUCAGAAGAUUGGAUCAACAAUUCAUAUUAUUAUAUGCUAAUAAUUUAUUGAAAAUCGACUCUGCAAUUCUUAAUAUUAAUUGUUUAACAAAUUAUAUAAAGAAUGCCAUUAAAUAA